CCCAUUUCUCCUCAGCUCUACUCCAAGAGCGUUAUACCACACCUCAACCAAUAAUCACAAACGGGAACCCAAAAAAGAAGGUGUUGCCGAUAAUGGUGGCCGUGGCCAAGAUCGCCAUGGAGUGGCUCCAAGACCCUCUGAGCUGGGUGAUCCUGGCCACGCUGGCCUUCGUACUCCUGCAGCUGCGGCGGCGGGGCAAGGCACUGCUGCCGCCGGGCCCGAAGCCGCUGCCGAUCAUAGGCAACAUGACGAUGAUGGACCAGCUGACCCACCGCGGCCUGGCGGCGCUGGCCGAGCAGUACGGCGGGCUGCUGCACCUCCGCCUGGGGCGGCUGCACGCGUUCGCGGUGUCGACGCCCGAGUACGCGCGCGAGGUACUGCAGGCGCAGGACGGCGCGUUCUCGAACCGGCCGGCGACCAUCGCCAUCGCGUUCCUCACCUACGACCGGGCCGACAUGGCGUUCGCGCACUACGGGCCAUUCUGGCGCCAGAUGCGCAAGCUGUGCGUGAUGAAGCUCUUCAGCCGGCGCCGCGCCGAGACGUGGCUGGCCGUGCGCGACGAGUCCGCCGCGCUCGUCCGCGCCGUGGCGCGUUCCAGCGGGGAGGCCGUGAACCUGGGCGAGCUCAUCUUCACCCUGACCAAGAACGUCAUCUUCCGCGCCGCCUUCGGCACCCGCGACGGUGAGGGCCAGGACGAGUUCAUCGCCAUCCUCCAGGAGUUCUCCAAGCUCUUCGGCGCGUUCAACAUCGGCGACUUCAUCCCCUGGCUGAGCUGGAUGGACCCGCAGGGCAUCAACCGGCGCCUCCGCGCCGCGCGCGCCGCCCUCGACAGGUUCAUCGACAAGAUCAUCGACGAGCACAUGAAGCGGGGCAAGAGCCCCGACGACGCCGACGCCGACAUGGUCGACGACAUGCUCGCCUUCCUCGCCGAGGCGAAGCCUGCCAGCAAGGCCGCCGCCGGCGACGCCGAGGACGACCUGCAGAACACCCUCCGCCUCACCCGCGACAACAUCAAAGCCAUCAUCAUGGACGUGAUGUUUGGCGGGACGGAGACGGUGGCGUCGGCGAUCGAGUGGGCGAUGGCAGAGAUGAUGCACAGCCCCGACGACCUCCGGCGGCUGCAGCAGGAGCUCGCCGACGUGGUGGGGCUCGACCGGAACGUGAACGAGUCGGACCUCGACAAGCUCCCCUUCCUCAAGUGCGUCGUCAAGGAGACGCUCCGCCUGCACCCGCCGAUCCCGCUGCUCCUCCACGAGACUGCCGAGGACUGCGUCGUCGGGGGCUACUCCGUGCCCAAGGGCUCCCGCGUCAUGAUCAACGUCUGGGCCAUCGGCCGCGACCGCGGCUCUUGGAAGGACGCCGACGUGUUCCGGCCGUCGCGGUUCACGCCGGAGGGGGAGGUCGCCGGGCUCGACUUCAAGGGCGGCUGCUUCGAGUUCCUGCCCUUCGGGUCCGGCCGCCGGUCGUGCCCCGGGAUGGCGCUGGGCCUGUACGCGCUGGAGCUCGCCGUCGCGCAGCUCGCGCACGGCUUCAACUGGGCGCUCCCCGACGGCAUAAAGCCGUCGGAGCUCGACAUGGGCGACAUCUUCGGCCUCACCGCGCCGCGCUCCACACGGCUCUACGCCGUGCCCACGCCCCGGCUCAACCGCCCCUUGUACUGACGACGCGCACGACGGCUAUUAUUCAUGCGUAUGGUGGUGUUUCAGGGGUUGCGCCAUUUGAGGAGUUUGGUUGUUUUGUCUGGCCUUUUGUGCUUAUUUUUCCUUCGUUAAAAAUCAUGUCUGAUACUAUAGGACAAUAAUGGAACUCUCAUGGUUAGCUGCAUGAAAGCUUAAUUAGGGUAAGGAUCAAACUGUGACACAAGAUCAGGAACUGUAAAAACAAUGCUGGUCACAGCUUCUGUGGAUUAAUUUCCAUGUAAAAUAAAUGCAUCUUUAAUUUCUUUUA